AUGAUAGCUUCGCAACAACCGCCAUUCGCCGCGCAGAGGGGUUUCACGGCAAUAACAGAUCGGGUCUAUAUUCACCAUGUAUGCGACGAAUCGCCCAGCGACACCUCGCUCAAACAUGUCUCGAAAUAUAGCGAUGGCUACCAUGAGAUCUUCCCUCACGCCAAAAUCGUCGUCGUGCUCUCACGUACCAUACAAGCAGUAACCCAGAGACAUGAAUCCAGAAUCGAAGCUAUGAUGCCCGUCAUUGAUAUAGUAUUUCCAACCCGAUGUACCUUUAGGGCAACAUCAGUGCUACUGCUAAGGGUGAUGGGAAUAAAAAUGUACCAGAGCAUCCAGAGCGAGAGCGAAUCCUACUUCACGCAAUGUCGAAUAGCAGGCGCCAUUCUCCUUGCCGCCACGCUAGUCGCGUAUCAGUGUCGCCAGGGCAUUGAUCGAAAAUUCCGCGUCUCAAUGUUAGUGUGCGAUUCAACGCCUGGUGGUCUGGAUUUCGCUUCGCAGGUGGGCCGCUGGUCAUGGGCGAUAGCCGUGGGAAUAUUCUCAUCGAGGUCCCUCCCCACGUGGCUGCCAUUCAUCACGGUUACCCAGGUUCAGGCCGUUGUAUACAUGGUACUGUGGGCGAACUGGACCUGGGAGAAAAUCUGCAGAAUUGAACCGUCAGGUAUAUGGGCGAGUCGAGUUAUCAACGACCUUGCUGUUGUGCCCGUCGAGUCCCACAGGCUCUAUAUGUACUCGAGGGAAGACGAAAUAAUCUGGUGGGAAGACUUAGUGCAAGCUGCUGAUGAGGCAAAAGCUCUAGGCUACCGCGCUGAACUGCGGGUGUUUGAGGGAUUACCGCAUGUCGGACAUAUGAGGCUGCAUCCGGAGCAUUACUGGAAGGCGGUUUUUGAGCGCUUGGGAGGACGCUCAUUCGAAGCGGAGCGCUGA